AUGAAGCAGCAGCUUCAGCAUCAUCUCUGGCAGACUCAUCUGGAUGUAUACAUGGCAUCAACGUGGCGCCCAAUGUCUCUUGCGUUAUUUUCUUUUGUUUUCCUGCAGAUAUCCUCGUCUUAUGAGCAGCUGUCUGCCUUUGUGGAAGGAAGCUCAGAUGACGCACCAUCCCAAGACAUCAGAAUUCAACAAAAUGGGGUGGACGCUGACGGCUCGGUGUUUGCGGCUGAAGCGCUGCAGCCGUACGGAUGGCAGCUUCACGCUCCUCCACGCAGGAAGCUGCUUCAGUCUCCGGGAAUGUUGCUGUACUCUCCUCUGAGUGUUUCUUACAAUGGCAAGACCUGCAUCCUCUUCAGAGCCCGCAAACUAGCCAUCAGGUACAGGAAUCACAGUUUAGUGGACCUCACAGAGAGAACCUUCAGCCCAGACGCACCGGUGGACACCAAAGGCUCCUUCUGCAGCAAAGACAAAGCCACACUCAAUCUACGUUUUGGCGAUGUGGAAGAUCUAAGAGGCCUCUCCAUCAGGUCGAUUCAACAUCUUACCAUCUGCUGUUUCUUGUGUUUUUCCUCACAGAUCCAGGCGUUUAACGUUCACUCCAGUAAGUUUGUGGCGGCCAGCGACUGCGCGACCUUCUUCACUCCUGCCAUCCUGAUGGGUCUGAUCACGUCUCUGAUCCUGCUGCUGGUGCUGGCCUACGCUCUGCACAUGGUGGUUCACCUGAAGCACAUCGACCGCUACGAAGAGCACAAGACCACCGUCUACUUCCCGCGCAGCACAGAAGCGGAGAGCACAGAGAAGAACAACCUCUAGAGUCCCGAGAGAGAGACGGACACUUCUGUGACUGUGAGCUCUGACUCCCAUCUGAACGGAGAAUCAGAGCUGUUUGGGACUGACUGCACCACGGCAGUGGCAUCAUUGUGGUGGGACAGUGGAAGUCCGAAUCAGCUUCCUUCGGGAGCUUUACAGGCUCGGCACACCGGAGGAUUUGGAGAUAUCAGCCAGUUCUCACCAAAAAUCUAGGAAUUAAACAUUCAGUGUCAGGUUUCAUGAGCGGAAGGACAUCUUCAGAUGUUUGAAUGCGAUUUGAAAUAGCACAAUAAUCAAUAUAUCUUGCAUUUGCAUCGUCUGUCUUAGCUUCUGUUUGACUGCUAAGGACCAGAUUUAACUUCAGUACUGAUGCUUCUCUGAAGUCAACAUGAAAUGGUGUUUCGUAAGCAAUUUACAGUUGUAAUUUUACAUAUUUGAGAAUAAAAAAUCUUGAUUUUGUCAUCUGGAACUGAUUGGAUGGUAUUACGGAAACCCAUU